AUCUGUACGUGAUGACGUAAGACGCCCAAAGAACAAACCGACGCAUGAUCUGAGAGAAAGAGGCGCCGGCGAACAAGAGAACAUGGCUGUGAACGUAUAUUCCACCUCAGUGACUAGCGACAAUCUGAGUCGCCAUGACAUGCUCGCAUGGAUCAAUGAGUCUCUACAGAUGAACUUUACCAAGAUCGAGCUUUUAUGUUCAGGUGCAGCCUACUGCCAGUUUAUGGACAUGCUGUUUCCAGGCUGCAUACCUUUGAAGAAAGUUAAAUUUGGUGCAAAAUUAGAGCAUGAAUACAUUCACAAUUUUAAGAUAUUGCAGGCCGCCUUCAAGAAAAUGGGCGUUGACAAAAUUAUCCCGGUUGACAAGUUGGUGAAGGGCAAAUUUCAAGACAAUUUUGAAUUCGUUCAGUGGUUUAAGAAGUUCUUUGAUGCCAACUACGAUGGAAAAGACUAUGACCCAGUGGAAGCACGACAGGGCCAGGACACCAUGCCUCCACCCAACCCCUCCAUGCCUGCCCUCAGCAAGCCCAAGAAGAUCUUGAAUGCAGCACCACAGAGAGCAACCGUUGCCAAGGUAACACCCAAGGUGGUGCCUGGCUCUGCGCGGAGACCUGGUGCUGGUGGUGAUGAGGAAAGGGCGGAACUUAUUCAAGAGUUAAACAUCUUGAAGUCUACAAUCCAGGACAUGGAGAAGGAGCGGGACUUUUACUUUGGCAAGCUGAGGAACAUUGAGCUGAUCUGUCAAGAGAAGGAGGGGGAGGGAGACCCCACCCUGCAGAGGAUUGUGGAUAUUCUCUAUGCCACAGACGAUGGGUUUGUCAUACCAGACGCUGAGUCAGAGGACCAGGAGGAGUUCUAAUGCUUGUGACUCGCUGCAGUUUUACCCUCCUCUCACCUUUCCAUUCCCGUCCUCUCCACACAGUCACUACCCCGCCAUCCACACCAUAUUAUGCAUUUGGACUUCCGAACAAACUCCAUACUGAAUUCCAUUGCGUCUGCUAAAGCAUGCAUAGACACACUUAAUGUCGAAAGAACUGUUUUAAUGCCCUCAGACCUCUGGCUGCCACGAUACUCCUGUUUCUCUCCGAGGAAGAGUGUGUUUCCCGUCUGUAAUAUACAAUCUAAUAUUGCUUUCCUCUUUCAGCAACUUCAGACACCUGCAAAUGUAUUUAUCUUAUUUGAAAUGUCUUGGACACAUCCUCUGUAGUGAUUUAUAGGCGGCGUCUCCCCGUCACUGCUGUGGUACAUAUCUGUGAUCACGUCUUAUUUAGAACCGUACCUUCCUGACACAAAACCGAGGGACGGAAUGAUAAAACGUGCAUUAGUUCAUUGCAAAAACCCUCUCACUUCCUAGUUUCCACUCAUGGUUUUGGUGCUUGCUUUAGCAUAAGGCAGGUAGCAGUCACCACCGCUCCAGUCUAUCCUCAGUGACUGUGCCUUAUACAGACUGUCUGGAGGGAGUGGACCCAGUCUGACGUUUGUCUUUUCUUUAUUUUAUGGAUAUAGUGAAGCGUCGUUUUCGAGUCGACGCACGUACUAACACUCAGUCGUGCGCUUUGGCCUACAGGACGCCGAUGUACUGUGGCACCACGGUUGCACGAGUUUAAAUGUUUUUAUUAUAAUUUUAUUGCUUUCAUUUUAAAGAAUUAUCCGUAUGAAGUUAGUAGCCACUACGUUGGCAGACUCGGCCAAAAUUUGAAUUGACAAGACAAACACUGCCCGUUUUCUACCUGUUUUACUGCCUUAUAUUUAAUGCGUUUUUCUAUCCUUUCCUUCGCACUGUCUCUCUUGGCAAAUGUUUGUAAUUCAAGUUAUUAAAGUUUUAAAUUUAAGUUUUCUUUUGUUUCUUUUAAUUAUUAUUUGUAGACGUAGCGGCAGCAGCAGAAUAUUGGUUAUUUCAGACCUAAAUCUUUUAAAUACACAAGAAGAGAACGUGAAAUCUUUUGAGUUAUUUUCAAAUAUUGCACUCUUUCAAGACCAUUCCCCAAAUAACCAUGUCAAGCUGACGAUACAAAUGCAAAAACACUAAAAAUAUCGACUAAAUGAGCUUUGUAGAUGAAAGCUUUACUUCUCGCUCAUUUUCGGAAAGUUCAGAAUUUGAUCUUUCCAGGCAAUGCUCGCUCACUUCAUUUGUCAUUUUUUGGAGAUUCAACAUGAUUCUGACUUUAGAUCACUGUGCCAACUCUGACUUUCUCCGACGUGUAGCUUCAUUGUUUUCUUGUGCACUGGUCAUUCUCAAUCAGUAGCAGUUUUUCUGUGUGUAGUUCUCAAUGUUGCAUUUUACAUCAAUAGCACAUGCAAAACCGGCAAUCAGAGUUGUUAUUGGUGCUAUCGAAUACCUUGACCCUUAAGAACUUGCCUGUUUGAGCUAGACAAGCCUUUUUGCUGGAUGUUUUGGUUCACUGGAUUAGAAAUAUUGCUGCAGUUGGGUGAAUAUAACAGUGCUGGAUCUGAUCUAAAUAGGAGACAAUAGGAAAACAAGUGACACUCACAUUUCUGGGCUUGCAUUGACAAAUAUCCCAUUGUAAUUUCACAUAAGCCGAACUGCUAAAUAUUGGCGCAAGAUGGAUGCAAGUAAAAAUGUGGAAGGAAGUAGUUUGGAAGCAGGUAAUGUCUGUUAAAGGCAGUGAUUGACCCUUCCUUCCUUUCUUUCAAUGCUCUGUGGCCUUUAAGAACAAUCUGUAGCGAAGGUACUCAGUACAUUGUGGGCCCCGCACCACGACCAAACUGUCUCUCUCUCCCUGAUUUUGUACUUGCAGGCUGUUAAGAGUUCCACAUUUUUAACUGAAGUCCAUUUCUUACAAUAAAACAGUAUUUACAUGUC